AUGCCCGUUACCACGACCUCGGCGGCGCUCCACAUCACUCCAGUGGUGAUAAAGACCUUCAUCAAACAUGCGAAACGCAAAGGUGCCAAGUUUAAGGACGGCGAUGCAACUGUGGAAGGGUUGGACGACAUUUUAUACGACGAGGCUUUCCACAUCGUCAAAGCGUUCAUAGAAAUGGGAACGAAGAACACCGUCGAGUCUCUGCAGACCUUUACGAACACCCACGUGCCGGCACCGUUCUGGUGCGCCGUGGCGCCGGUCAGGAUUCCACUAUCCUCUUGCAACAAAGCUGCGGACGCUCUCAUUGAGUGGUUCGGACCGGAGGACCUCAAGCAUGUCGUCGGCGGCGAGAGGUGGUGGCAGAUCCGCGGCAUGGAGUGGAUUGACGGCGAGUGGGUUACAGAGAACGCCUAUCUGCAAGACGGAAACUCCGAACGAGAGAAGGGACUCACCGACGACGAGAAGACCAUAAAACGCAUGGAACAUUUGGACAGGGUCAUGGUAAGUGAACAUUCCCGCGCGUAUUUCUGGGGGUCUAUCAACACUCAUCGCUACCAGGUGAUCCGGUAUGCUCGAAAGAUGAAGGGUCGCGCCUUCACGGUCAACUAUCGGAAAGCGCCUCAGUACCCAUGGCCGUGCCCCCUGCAAGAUGUUCUUGCGGCCUACUUCUACUUGACGAACCCACCGCCGGGAGCUGUGCACGAACCUGUUCAUCCCUCGAGGAUUGUGAUCGCCGGCGACUCUGCGGGCGCGGCGCUUUGCUUGACUGUCCUGACCAUUCUUCGCGAUCUCGGCAUUCCACAGCCCGCAGGAGCGGUUCUCAUCAGCCCCUGGGUCGACCUCACCCAUAGCUUUCCUAGCGUGAUGACCAACAGCGCCACAGACAUUAUCCCUCCCCAUGGUUUCAUCCACAAGCCGUCCACGCUAUGGCCUGUCCAUCCGACAUCGGAAGGGGGGUACGCGCGCGCGAUACAAACAAGGAGUAACCCUCCGCCUCAACCUGGGCACGCCGACAACUUGAAGCCGGACAACGACCGCGUCGCGGACCAGGUCGGGCAACGAUUGGAGCAGAGCGCUGAGAAGGGCGAGGAAGUCCAUGCGGCUGACAUACAGGAUAAGCCGGAGGACGUCAUGUCGCAGAAGGAGAUGGAGAACGUAGGGGACGGUGAAGCACCUAAUUCACAGCCCAAACAGGCUGAGGGGGACUGCCAAACACCGACAGGCGAUUCCGAAAAGCACGAGGACCAGGACCCUAACCAUGACCUUGCUGAGGAGUUCUGGGAGCCGAAGCCGCCGAAGGUGUUGAUGGAGGACCCUAACGCCGUCCCUUUGGAGCUGCGUGCGCAGAUCCAGCUUUACGCUACAACAGAGCAACUUUCUCAUCCUCUGGUAUCGCCCGUGUUGCAGUCAUCUCUGGGCAAUCUCUGUCCCCUCUAUAUCAUUGCAGGAGAUGGCGAAUGUCUCAGGGACGAGAUCAUCUAUAUGGCUCACAAGGCAGCCCAUCCCAAGGAUUAUCCCACACGUCGUGGGGUCCUUAAAGAGGGGCGCCGUCAGAAAGAGAACGCGGAGAAAUUCCAGACGCCGACUAAGGUCCAUCUCCAAGUGUUUGACGAUAUGUGCCAUGUCUUGACUGUGUUCACGUUCACCGAACCGGCAAAAUACGCAUACAGGUCCAUAGCACAGUUCAUCAAGCACGUCGUCGACAACUCCGACGACCAUCUGUCCCGCAAUCCCUUCCCUGAGCUACACAGACCGCCGUCCGAAAUAUCCGAUAUGGAAACCGAGAAAGUCGGACCUCCCCAUCUCUCUUCCCCCAAAAGCUCAUCGACUAAAACGUCCCCUAAGAGACCUCGCGGACCUUUCAGGAACACGAGCAGGGACAGUGGUAGCGGCGAAUCCGACGUUAGGAUGUACCGCUCCAAUGAGGCUGUUGCGAAGAAAGAAGUCGAAGAGGGGAAGACGGACAGGCUUCACGUUCAAAGCGGGAGCGGAGAGUCCUCGUCUGCUACCGCUCAUGAAGGCAGCAUUCAGGAGGACAUUUCCGCCGUGUACAUGAUCAGGGAGCGGGUAGACGUCUUAGGCAAUGUUCGUCCGAUGGAGCCCCCUGAGGAGAUCCCAGCACUCCAUCUGAAGCCGAACGAGAUUGGGCUUAUCAAGGAAGCCCCCGUGCGGCGAUGGCUUAGUGGACAGGAGGCUUGGGACAAGAAGUACAAGCGGUCUGCAGAACGCGCCAUUCGUAAGCGGAAACGCUAUGAGGCCAAGGCGGCAAAGCUGCUGGAGCACGCCAAGGAGCAAGGCCUGGAUCAUGCUGAACUUCGUCCACAACCAUCGAGGCACUCUCUUGCUGAGACGGCGUCCUCAAGAUCGGUUGGCGAGGUUCAAUCCGACAGACGCUGGGGACCGCUUGACCUGAAGGGCGAAAACCCUCCACCGACCGCCAUCGCAGGACGACGAGACACGGCCGAGGCGAUUGCGCUUCUGAAGAAGUCCAUUUACCACAACGCCCCUGCUACUCAUCGCACGGUCCCCAAGCUCAGGACCUCAGACGCAGUGCGCGCGGCCUUCGACCCGCACGACCAUCCCGUCAAACCACCUCAACAGUCUGCCUCCGAGCAGCAAGUCCAUACGCAGUUCAUUGCCAUGCACGGGCUGCGCAUGUGGCAAUCACUUGUCGAACUGUUCAUGCGGAAGAGCACGAAGAAAGUGGAGCGCGGCAAGAAGCAUGCCUCCUCCGCGCUGCGCUCUACCAGUGAGAAGAUCAGCGGAGCGAGCAGGUCGGCAUCCGGGCCUUCGAUGUCGCAGAGCGCGUCUUGAUUAUGAGGCUCCUGGGUUUUUCUUGGGUUUUCGGCAUCGCACAUAUCAUUAUACCACUUCACUCCGAUUUC